CUGUCCAUGAAAGAUAAGUCACGGACACCAUUUGGCAAGCUGAAAGACAAGCUAAAGGGGAAACGAGGCAAUGGAUUGCCAGACACAGCUUCAGCUAUUGUUCCUAGCAUUAGUCACUCCCCGGCUGACAGCGAGGAAGAGCAUAACAUAACAUCAAAGAUCUUGGAUAACCAAAAUGAAGCCGAUAUAAAGAAAUAUGAUCCUUCAGAUCCCGCCUACGCUUAUGGCCAGCUGACACACAGCGAGCUGAUCCAGCUGGUCUUGAAGCAGAAAGAUGUGAUUGCAAAGCGAGAUCAGCAGGUGCGGGAGCUGGAAGACUACAUUGAUAACUUGCUUGUCCGAGUGAUGGAGGAAACCCCGAACAUUCUUGAUUGUUGUGGGCCUGCUCUUAGUAUGACAUCAUCAGAUAUCACCCAUAGAUUUUGACGUUUCCUGAAUGGUGCACUGUUAAUGGCUCUUGAUACUGUACAAUCUCAUUUGCAAACACCAAAGAAUAGGAACAGCUAAGUGGUUCCUGUAGUUUAUUCCUCAUUUGACAUGGCAAUAUUUAUGCAAUGAGAGCCCUAAGUUUGGAGAUUGGUAGAAAAAUUAAUACUGUCAUGUUUGAAUAUAAGACUUGGACUGUGAGCUUGGACUCCAUGUUCCUGUUGUCCUACAUGGAGUGUGGUGCUUGUUGAAUAGAUUUGUCUAUCUUCUUGCAUAGUGCUAAUUCUCUUGAUGAAAUCCUCCGGCUGAUGCUGUCACCUUGCCUCAACUAGGUCAAUGAUUUCAGGUGAUUGAAAGGGGAGGAACUCUUGUCUACCAUAUCUAAAAUCUUCAGGGCCUGUGGUGUUUUCACAUAUCUGUGGCUCCAUAAUAGCUGGGGCAUAAAGUCUGUAA